AUGAACGUUACGGCUCCCGUGAAAACGACCAAGUCGCAAAAUAAGAUCACGUUUGGACCUUACCAAGAUCUUGCCGUGUACAACGGAAAAUCUGCCGCUAUUCCACAAGGCUCUGUACAUUACUUGUACUCCAAACCUGUGAUUACCUAUGUUGACUAUGAUCGUCAAGUUCAAAUCAGCCACUGGGGUGACAACCUUGCGACUGAGGACCAUAUUUGGGUACGGAAUGACGGCCCAAAGCUCAAAGGUCACUUCAACCGUGCUCAGAAUAUGCUCAAUCUUUACUCCUCACCACUUUCUGAACGGAUGUCGCAAAUCCUCAGUCUGCCAAUCAUGCUUCCUGCCGACUCAAAGGACGUUUAUUUUGUGGAUGCAGUUGGUAAUGUGUCAACAUCACGUUUAGCUGCCACACCGAGUGUGGCGGGCUCAUUACGUCGACUAGAAUUGACCCCUCGAUUCCCUAUUCUAGGUGGAUGGAACUACACUUUCACCGUUGGCUGGAACCAACCUAUGAGUACAAAUGGUCGCGCGCGUGUCAAUCCUCUGAAGCCAUGGCGCAUUCGUGUUGCGGUUCCAUUCCUCCUUUCUCCAAAAGCGGUUGCAGUCGAUGAGGCCACGUUGCGCAUUGUGUUGCCCGAAGGAGCCAGGGAUAUUGAUAUCACUUUGCCUUUUAGUGUGGAUUCGCUCACCGAGGAAAUUUUCCCUACCUACCUUGACACUAUUGGCCGUCCGACCUUUGUAUUGAAGCGCACUAAGUGCACUUUCCGCGAAAGCAAAAUGGUCUAUAUUGAAUAUACGCUGCCAUGGCUGGCACAUAUGCGUAAAGUGUUUGCUGUGAGCAUUGCAGCAUUGACAAUCUAUUUUGUUUCGGCCCUGCUCCGAAAGCAAAGCAAGCUUUAA